AUGAAGAGGUUCUCUCUUGACGACAAUCCCAGGCAGCGCAAACGUCUCGCGCCCGCCACAGGAUUUCUCACAAACGUUGCGCUUCCUCGGACUUCUCUGAGCACAUUCCUUGAGCUGGAAGCCACCCCCCCGUUCACAUUCGUCUGUAAUACGCCGUCUGUGCAGGCAAAUGUCUUGCGCGCAGAGGAGCAAAGGCGUAAAGGCGGAGAGGCUGUGCUGCUGAACGGUGUGCUUUCCGGGCUGGGUGCUGAGAAGCUGUCGGAGGCGUUCAAACGGCCAUUUCACGGGGUCGCACUGGAAGAUCUGGGAUGCAAGGGACGUGUAGAGGCUGGAAAUGUCGCUGAACCUAUUGCUUCGACUACUGCCGAAGCAUUACCUGAGGCCGAUGGGAAUCUUUCGCCAACGGAUCCGGAACAAUCGACGAAAUCAGCCAAACCGUCCAUAUCUGACCGUAUUCGCAAACUGUGGAAUGAUCAUCCAAUUCUACCGUGGAAGUUCAAAUGGCGCGAGCGCUUCUUAGAUGAAUACUUACGGGUGGAUGGACGUGCAGAAGCCUUGGGCCUUGAGCAAUGCCCAGGCUGUGGUCAAGAUGGGUUUCCUGGGUAUCGUUGUGAAGACUGUCGCGGCGCCGAUCUGUGUAAAGAUUGCAUCGUUCAUUGGCAUCGCUAUGCACCCUUGCACAAGAUUGAGCGAUUUAACGAGCGACUGGGGUUCUACGAACGGGCAAACGGCGCGGACGUGGGGAUACGGCUACAACUUCUCCAUCGUCCUGGAGAGGUGUGCAAGUUUCGCUCUCUUCACACUGUCGAGAAUUGCACCGUCAUCCACACAAACGGCAUACACAAGAUACCAGUUGAUUUCUGUAAAUGCGAACUCGGGCGCGAUAUUCCGAAUCACAUCCAACUGAUGCGAUGGCGCCUUUGGCCAGCUACUUGCGAGAACCCCAGGACUGCAACGACGUUUGAGGCGCUCGAUCUCUUCACGCGGCUAUCGGUACUGGGCAGACUGAACAUAUACGAUUUUCAUCGCGCACUUGAGGCGGCAACCGACGGCGCGAUGCUCAAGGGAAUAGCAUGCGUGAGACAGCAGCUAUCCGACUGCGCCCGACAAUUUCGCCACAUUCUGAUGUUUAAGCGAGCUGGUCGAGGCCACGAGCCUGGAGGCAUUGCUGGAACACCUCCGGGCGCUUGCGCGAUCCGGUGCCCUGCCUGCCCGAACUUGGAUCUCAACGUCCCCAAGGACUGGGCGUUGAGUCCAUUCCGAUGGUUAUAUCGACUUGUCCUAGCGUUGGAUGCGAACUUCCGACUCUCGAAUAAAAAGAGGUCGACGGCGGAAAAGGACCCAAACCUCACCGACGGCAGAGCUUACAUGGCGCCUUGGGACGAUUACGCAGCUCACGUCGCGGAGACUGAUAAGGAACUUGCUGAGGUGUCCACGUGCUCAAAGUUCUCAGCGCUUGAGAUGGCUAAUUCGAGGGGUGGGAAGGGCCAGCGCUCCACCGGAGUCGCCGCUUGUGUAUGUGCACGCCAUGAGUUCGUGCAGCCCCUCGGGGUCGCACCUUUACGCAAAGGAGAACGGUACGAGACCGUCGAUUGGGUCCUCUGUGGCGCUUUGUCGUAUGCCCGUGCCGCCGAAGUUACGAUCUCUUAUGACGUUGUCUGCCAGUACUGCAAGAAACUCGGGGACCGCCUGGCACGUAUCCCACCUGUACGCGUCAUCUGGGCCGGUGCUCAGGCUUUCAUGAAGCUCGCCGAGACAAAUUGCAUCUCUUACGUGGUUCCGAAAUUUCACAUAUAUGCUCAUAAGGCAUACUGUCAGCUACGAUAUGCGUUCGGAUGGCUCUUCGGCACGGCUGUGAUUGAUGGGGAAGCCCCGGAGCGCUUGUGGUCGGGCGUCAACGCUGCUGCCUCCAGCCUGCGAGAGAUGGGCCCUGGUGGUAACAAUGAUACGAUGGACGACAUCUUUGGCGCAUGGAAUUGGCAGAAAACUUGUCGUAUAGGCACUUCGCUGUGCGAGAGAAUGGACCGGGCACUUGACGAGGGCGAUAUUCAAUGUGAUAUUCACACGGAGUUUACGGAAGCACUGCGUGCAGAACAACCUGACAAGCUCGUUCAAGAGGAAGAACGCAUCGUAGAGUGGGACAACGGCGACAAGACCAAGAUGGCCGAUUCCCAGUGCCCAUACUAUUCAGUAACGCAACAUUUAUCAACGGCACAGAUCAAACUACAGAGCGAGGAAGGAAAGGCUUCCAUCAUGAACAAGGAGGCGCACGACAUGGCAGAUGAGGAUGUUGCGCUCGCGAACUGUCUUUCGCUUGGUCUGGAGAUCGAGAAAGAGAGAGCGCGCAUCAGAAUGGAGUUCGACGAUGAGGGCGGUGCCAACAAGCAGGUGAACACAAGCGCCUUGGGUGCGCUGUCACAGUCAAUUUCUGCAUUCCGCGCGGAGCAGGAACAAUGCAUGCCCACAACCUCUGCCGUUCUAACGGAUGUCGAACGCAACCCUGAUGCCGAGUCAGCAAUGACAAUUCAACUAUGUCUGCCAUCGAGUCCCCCGGACGGCGACAGCUCGUUGGUAUCGCCGCAGGCCCGAGCUGUGGAGGCCAAGCUUCGUUGGGAAGGGAUGGCCGAUGAGCUCGAGGGCCUCAUCCACCAAUUACGGCUGAAAGGGUGCUUGUACAAACACAGGAUUGUACACUCGACUGGCCAGUACAUGGCUACCCGCGCUUUAUCCGCCCAGGCAGCAGUGAACGCCAACAUCAAGACGGCCGCAGAUGCAUAUAGACGUCAUCGCGCUGCCUAUCUUUCGCUCAAGGGGAAAGGAUCUUGGGAAGACACGAUGCGCGAGCUCGACGAUGCCGAUUGUCGUUGCAUGGGCGACAAAAUUUUGGAGCAUAUAGAGAAUAUGUCCCACAAGCGCAUAGCGGACUACCUACGGGGUGGGCGUAGUGCAGAGGCGCAGGGUGGAACUCGAUAUAAGCUGUCAUGGCUUUGGUAUAACUGGACCGCAGCCUCUGAUACUGGCAUCAAUGAAGAACUUAUGGCAGAGUGGGCCAAGUCUCGUGCGCGCGCGCAGCAUUGGGCUCAAGAGGUCCGGCUUGUUGACGCCGAGAUGCAACGAGUGAUCGACUUUAACGAGUCCAUGGCGCAGAUAUGGGAUGUACGUCGAGAUUGUCAAGCAACGGUCGAGCUUGGGGAUCAGCGAUGCUGGGCUCGUGAUGCGGGUUGGGCUGACGGCGUGCGGGCAUAUGCUUCGAAGCAGGCGUUCAUUCGGAGAUCACAAGCCGAAAGGUGGCGCCAGCAAUUUGCUCCUUUGAGGACGGAAGCACGCAGGUUCUUGACUGUGCAUACAGAGGAGGGCAUUUCACUCGAUCCCGCAACGCUUUUGCCAGCGGACGAGAUCGAUGACAUGAAGCGUCUCAUCGCGGCUAGGCGUGAAAGGCGCAAGAAGCGGAAGAGUACCGAGGAGAAAGAGGUGGAAUCUGGUCCAGUGGACGAGGUCCAAGACGAAGGGGAGGAACCUGCUGUGGUGAACGCUGUGAGGAAAAAGGGCAAGGGAACGAGGAAAGUGACCGGGGCGGGAAAGGGUCAACGGAAACGACGACGACGCGCCAAAUAG